AUGCAGGUUGAAGUUAACCCUAACGAGGACACGGAGUGGAACGACAUCCUCCGACAACAUGGCAUUAUUCCCGAGAAGCCUAAAGAUCCCGAACCUCUCAUCCAGGAAGCCCUGAUCGCCGCACAGCACAGAGCGCACGAGAACCGACUUGAGGACAAGGACCUUGACGAGCUGGACGCACUGGAAGAAGAGGAGGACGAGGAAUUCCUCAACAGCUAUCGACAAAAACGAUUCGCUGAGCUAUCCACUCUCCAACAAACCAGUGUCUUCAAUCAAGUCUACCCACUUCAGAAAGUCGACUAUGCCCGUGAGGUGACCGAGGCAUCAAACAAUGCUUUUGUGUUAGUCAAUUUGACGUCAAUGGGUGGGAAUGUCGAAUCCCGCGUGUUGACAGAGCUCUGGCGACAACUUGCUGCCAAGUUUGGCGACAUCAAGUUCUGUGAGAUUCGUGCCGACAUGUGUAUCGAGGGAUAUCCCGAGAAGAACACGCCCACGAUUUUGGUAUACAAGGAUACCGAGAUCAAGAGACAGCUUAUUACGCUGCAGCAGUUGAAGGGUCCGCGGACCAAGAUUGAAGAUAUCGAGCGUCUGCUUAUUGAGAUUGGUGCUUUGAAGGAAGGCGAUAUGCGUCUGAAGAAACGUGAUGACGAGGACGACUACAAGAAAGCUGAUGACCUGGACGUUGAAGAUUAUGAUGAUGACUGGGAUUGA